CUGAAUCCAGCCAUGAUGCUCGCUCAGCUCCGACAGCUGCUCCAGCCAGUGUCGCGCAGCCAGAUCGCCGCUUCAAACACCUCGAAACAACAGCGUGCCAGUGCAUCCUCUGCAGACUCCACAACCGCAACCGCCGCUGGUCGGAUCGCCCUGGCAUGGCAGAUUCUGAACGCCAAUCCCAACGAGGUCGCAAUGCCGCGCAGAGAGCUUGCCUUGCUCGACUGGGUCACACGCGAGCUCACCGUCCCACUGCACGCCACGGGGCACCACGCCACACCCGUCGUCGUUGUCGAUGACGGCAGCAGCGACAGCAGACAAACCGCCAAUGCUGCUGCUGCUGCUGCUGCUGCGGGUGCAUCAAGUUCCGCGACGACCGUCAUGCCAUACCACAGCGCAGAGUAUUGGACAUUCCUUGUCAGCGUCAUUGAUGCGAUCGCGUCGGCGGGACUGUCUUCGACCAGUAGCAGCGCUCCUGCCGCUCCAAGCCUCGCUGGCGCCAAUCGUGCCGCUGCCAGCUCCAUCGUGAUCAAGCCUCACUUGAUGCAGUCGCUGCAAGGCGCAAUCGACUUUAUUCAUGCCCGCGAGACGGUUGAUGAAGCGUUGCUCGAGUCCGUCAUGGUGGCAUUCGACCGCCUCUUCGACCCUACUUCUGCAGUCGCGUUUCUGCCCAAGUUUGAGGUGUACUGCACAUUCUUGGAGCGAGUGGCUUCUCUGGCUGUGGCCGAGUCGGCAGCGGUUCCAUCUCGGCUCUUGCUCGCCGCCCUGAACGUUUUCGCGUCCAUGCACCGACACCACGCAAACCAACGCAAACUAUUCAGCACAUUCAUCCAAACGCUGCUGCCCAAACUAACUCUCCUAUGGCAUCGCUACGCGCUCUCCAGCUCGGCAGCAGACCUGGUCGACUCGACAGACAGCCUUGCUGCUGCCACCAUCAUCUCGAUUAUUUGCAGCGUGGUCUUCCACAAGGAGCACAUCCCCUUGUUCCAGAACGGCCUGGUCUCGCGCUCCGUUGCCUCGUAUACCUCCUCUCUGUUUGAGUUUGUUGCGACGCACAUGCGCUCAGAUGCCAAUCCCAACUUGCACCAGGCAGUCAGCUUGCUCGUUCCCGAACUUCUCGCUGGCUUUGUCGAUGCCGUCGUUGGUCGUCCCGGAGCCACAGCCGUCGCUCUGAGCGAUGCCAAGGAGCGAAGAUCCCUGUUCUUGUUCUUCCUCGAGCUGUAUCAAUGCUGCUGCGCUGAUGCAAGCGCUGCCCAGGUCACGUCCGCUGCUGCUGCUGCUGAAAAGCCUUCGGCGGCUGGACGGCAAGGUCGGAACAAUCGCAACCCAAAGCAAAAAGACCAGUCAGGGGCUGAUACACCAAUGCAGGUGGACUCUCUUCCUGACGCUGCUGCGGCUACUACCCGAACGCCAACGUUUGGACCACCCGCGUCGUGGGGCGAACAUUUGAAGCUUGCUCACUCCCUACUCCUUGUCCUCGCUGCACGCGACGUGUAUCAGAUUGUUGCGGACAGCCAUGUCGACGCCGAGCAGUUCACCUGGCUCAGCUCGCUUGCGAGCAGCGUUGGGUCACAGGCCAUCAACAGCACCGCGGUCUACGACCGAACAGCCGAGGAACUUGCCAACAUCAUCUUGGUUUUCGACACUCUGCUUGGUCUCAACCACGCUAUUGUUGAGCCUCACCUCGCGCACUUGUGGCACGCGCUGUCGCUUCAGCUCGAGCUGCAUCGCAGCGACAACAACAACAACAACAACAACAACAACAACAACAGCGGCAGCGACGCGGAUGCGGCGACCUCGCGCCCGGCCUCGUAUUCUGCGUUUAUUGCAAACUUGUUUGCGACAUAUACCAAGCUCCGCCAGCUGGACGUGCUUGUCGGCACCGUGCUGGCUGCUAUCAAUCUGCUCGCGGAAGCGCCGAGCUCUGCAACCACGCCCCUUCGGUUGAGGUGGCUUGGCGAGCACUUUCACUCCCACUUUGCCACCGCCAUCCGCAGCUAUCCCGCAGCUCGCUUUCCGCCGCUGUGGGAAAUGGUUGUUGACUGGCUCCUUGAACGUGGAUCGCUCCUUUUCGAGCUUCCAGAAUCCUCGUCGUACACUUCCAUUCCGCGUUCGGCGACAGUCGCAUUCACGCUGUGCGCCUCCGCGCUCGAGACGAUGAUUGCGCACGUGCCAAUCACGGAUUUGACUGCCGAUAUCACGCUCGAGUGCGUGUCGACGUUGCGCUCCAAGAUUCUUCGUCCGUUGUGCGCCACUCUGCGGGCGCUUCGACAAUCACACCAAACUCUGCGCACCCCUUCUCGCGGUGGCGCGCAGCUCAAGCGCAGCGCCGAUUCCGCUCUCGAGCCCGCCUCUACAAAGCGAGUCCGGGCGGCAGACCAUUCCUCUCAGAGCGCCAAUCCGCUCGCCAAUGAGCUUGAGCAACGACUCUUGUGUGUUUACUUUUCGCUGCUCGACCGUCUAGCUCGCUGUGAGUAUGCUUGUCAUGUAGCACUGCUCCAAGGUGGCCAGUCAUCCUUGAUUGUGCUGCAAGGCUUUUACGAAACGGAAGAGGGCCGUCUCACCGCUCACGAGGUCGCCGCCGCGUGUGCUGAUGCCAGUUGGAUUCAAGUUUCUGUCUUUGGUCAACAAUUUGCUGCCGGUUGGAUUCGAUUGAUCGAUCUCGCCUCCACAGAGACCACCUGGGACCCGUCAUUGGUCUCGGCCUUCCCAGUGAUUAGCACCCUUCAAGACGAAUUGGCUGCCUGGUCUCAAUUCCUGAUCGACAGCCUCCCGCAGGUUGCCGAGAACGCUGGCAACGCUCGCCGAUGGGACGGACAUCCCUCAUCUGUGGACGCAAGCAACCGCCCGAUGGCCACCAUUGGCGCUAUUGCCUCGGUUUUGCCAGUGUUCUCGUCGCGAAAACUGCUGUCCCAGAUCGAUAGUGUGGCACGCUUCAUCAACAAACUGACGAGCUCGGCCAGCUUGUCGCCAACGAGCGCAGAAGGGUCGUCCGGUCAACUCGCCAUGCGGCUGCUCAACGAUCCAGCCUUCUCCGAGUUGACAUUGUUGCAUCACUCGCUCGUUGUUGCGUCGUGCACUCUGGCGUCCGAGCAUCUGCUUGCCUUCGUCGCAAAGUGCGGUCGCUCGCCGGCCUCAUCUGCCGCCCAGACAGCUGUUCGCAGCUUUGGCCUUGACACGCUCGACGACACUGCCGUGUCCCAUUUUGUGGACGCACUCUAUCCCUCUCGCCCAGCCGUCAAUGUGCCUAGUGGUCGCAAUGCAGGAAUUGCAAAGGACAUUGCCGCAGCCUGUGCCUCGUUGCAAGUACUCCGCCACCUGCCACUGGCUGCAACACAAGGAGAGCUGCAACAGCGUGUGCUUGCAGUGUUGCUUCCGCUCGACUGGCUGGCUGGUGCACUCGAGCUGGCAAUUCCCACCGAAACCCGUGCAUUUGUUCGAACUUUGACGGUGGAACUCUUCAAUCUGAUUGCCUGCCAGGGCCGUUGGGUGGAAGCCAGUGUCAAGUGGGCCACUUCUGCUGCUGCUGCACUGAGUGCGUCCGAGCCACUUCAGCUGCUCGAGCCGACCACACGCAUCGUUGCCAACUCUGUCUCUCAUCUGCUGUCGCAAACUUCGGCGGAAAUGCAAGCCAUCAUGCGCACGCUGCUCGGCGUGGUGACUCUGGGCUGUGAACAAGACGCUGCCCGAAUCGGCAAGGCAACAACUGCAUCGCCGCGCUCGCUUCUUGUCGGGUUUGCCCUCGCGGAUGUCGUCAUCCGAGCCGUCACAGACCAGAAAGCCAGUGCGUCACACCAAAACGUCACAUCGAGUGACACGCUGUCCAAGCACUUAUUGCAACCCGUGGCGCACGUGCUAGUCUCUUCCAUCAACGGCCUGCUGGCACGCACCACCUUGGCCAACGAGCGUGCUUAUGAAGUCAUUUACGUGUUGGAAGUGGCGGCCAGCUGGCUCAACAAGCGCAUGUCCAGCGUCACCCCUGCUGCCGAUUCGUCCUCGGCAAAGACCGUUCAAGUGGAAACGCUGAUUACCAUGUGCAUUCAACUUGUCUGUCAUCGUGUUUUGCACGCCGACGCUGCGUGGCUUGAUCGGGCCGCUGAGCAAACCGAAACAAUGGCGCAGCUCUCCGCUGCCUGCGAUGCCAUCUUUGCCUGCGCGCUCGCCUACAGCUCCAGCCUGCGUUCGAACGCUGGCCAGAGUGCAGCCUCGCUCGCGUUCGGACCGCUGCUGGCGUCUAUUUUUGCUGUUGAGCUUCGUUGCGCCCCGGGCUUGCUGCGCGCCAAUGUGUCGCCUGUUGGCGCCAACGUUGUUGCGCUCGGUUUGACGUGGGAGUAUCUUGCCACUUCGGUUGAUCAGGCUGAUUUCUCUCUGGUUGUUAGUCUGUUUGUCGGCGAGCUGCAACGUCUGCCAGUGACCGUCGCUGAGUGGGAGGCGCCGCGCGUCGAUCGAGUGCGUCGCGCCCUCGAAUGUCUGCUCCGUGUGCUAUCCACCAAGCUGCCGGAAUCGUCGCGGCGCUAUCUUCGCCGAAAUUUGGAGACUCUGCUGGUUGAACUGUCGACCACAGCCAACCGCGUGCUCCAAGCGUUGCAUCUGCCCGUUGGGCAUGUUGCCAGCAUUGUUGCGCCCCUUGUGUCGUUGCUGUGCACCGUGUUGAGUUGCGCGUCCCAUCUUUCUGGCCUCGAUGGUGUGCAGCUGAGCGCUCGCGAUGGCUCGCUCUUCCUCGCUCUGGCGCAAGGCAUUUCUCUGCAACGGCUUGCGCCCACAUUCGCGCUCAGCAUUCCCCUCAAGGCCAACCUCUCGACCUUGCCUUUGAGCUCUUCCACUGGGGUAACUGAUGCAGCAGCCUCGUCGGUUCACUACGGGCUCGGCGCGUUCGCCGCCCUGCUUCACGCCAAGUACAUGAUUCUCUUCAACUUGCUCCGUCGCCACGCCUCCUCCAUCUACGGAAAUGUGCACAUUCUUGUGCAGAUUGUGCAGAGCUUUAUUGACGAUCUUUUGCGACGACUCGCAAUGCACGGGCGAAAUGUCCAGCUUUCCCUCGUGGAUCACGAUCGCCCGCACGUGUUUCAAGCGCAAGGCGAUGGCCCGAUUGAGCAACAGCCGUCAAUCCUGCAAGCCGCGUUGCUGUCGGCCUUGGCCGAACAACCAGCAACGCUCAUCUUCCGCGCUAGCAUCGACGACGCUGCGCGUCUCAUGGAAGAAGUUUCGGCCCACAAGGUGGCCAUGUCCAAGUACGCGCCGUACCUGAUCGCAAACUAUCUGCAAUCCGUGCGGCGCCAUGGUCUUGAUCACGAGUGUGCGCAACUUUUGGCUCGAGGAGUGUACAGCGUGAUUGAUCUCUGUGGCAAACACGAGCUUGCGUUGCUCCAAGCUGCCCUCGACGCUCCAUCCCGCGCUCUGUUCAAGGGUAUCUAUGCCGACUAUGGCACGUACCACAAGUACAGUGGCAAAUAUUAAUUGCCAUUUUGGUUGAGUUCGACUGCUUUGGGCUUUUUGGUGGAAGAUGAUUUCUGUAAAAUAGAAGUUGU